AUGAUUACUGUUAUUUUUGUUCUUUUUAUUUCUGCCUCUUAUGCUGUACCUUUAAGGGAUGGAGAAUAUACACAGCACGAGAAGCUCGCUUCGAGUUAUGACUUUGAAUUCGGUGAAUACUUUGAGGGAGAUAUGAUAUUGACACAGCAACAGAAACUUGCUAUAUCAACAGCGGAGAAAAAUCGCAAUGGUCUCAUUGACGGUGUGAAACGUUGGCCCGAUCGUACCGUUGUAUAUGAAAUUAAUGAAGACGACUUUGAUGAAGACCAAAUAAAGAUUAUUAAAUCAGCAAUGGAGGAGAUCGCUAAUAAAUCAUGUAUUAAAUUUAGAGCUAAAAAGAAAGAUGAACACGCAGUUCUGAUAAAGGGAUCAGCGAACGGUUGCUUCUCAAACGUGGGUUACAGCACAGCCAAUGAGGAUGAUGAUGAGGUGCCACAAGUCUUGAACUUGGCUAAUGGCUGCUUCCGCCACGGCAGCGGCACGGCCGUGCACGAGAUGUUACACACUCUUGGUUUCUACCAUAUGCAAAGCACAUACAACAGAGACGAUUUCGUUCAGAUAAUUUGGGAAAAUAUUAGAGCAGGGACGGAGCACAAUUUUGCCAAGUACAACAAUGACACGGUAACUGAUUUCGGCGUGUCAUACGACUACGGGAGCGUAAUGCACUAUCCUGAAAAAGCCUUCUCGAAGAAUGGUAACAAAACCAUAAUCCCGCUGCAGGAUGGUGCUAAAAUCGGGCAAAGAGAAGGAAUGUCUGAAAGUGAUAUAAUAAAACUGAAUAAGAUGUACUGUGAAUCGCAGGUAGGAGAGAAAUUUACUACUCAUCAGAAG